GGUGGGUGAGUCCCUCAUCAGGCAAGGUUAGUUAUCCUCAGUCUAAAUUUUUGUUUAGAAAAGAAGCACAAGGUAGGUCCCUUCCAGACCAGUCAUCCACGCUCACAGCUUUUGGGUGUGCUGGAAGCAGACUGUGCCUGUUCCGCCUGCUCCACGCUCCUGGCUUGACCUGGAGGGCAAAAAGGAAGAAUGGUGACGACACCCACUAGAACUGGGAUGCUCUUGCCCUUCUAUUGCUAAACCCUAGUUACUGCUCCUUUCUCUUCCCCCUUGCCCCUUAAUUUCCUUUCACUGUGGUCCUGAGAUUUGGGGUUGGUUUGUUUCUUUUAUUUAUUUUUGUUCCUGGUGAGGGCACCACUGCAGACCAUGAUGUGCCUGGGGUUGUGGACAGCUGCCCUGCUCUGCUUGUUUUCCCCUGGCACUGUGCGAGGUGACUGCUGGCUGAUCGAGGGGGACAAAGGUUAUGUGUGGCUGGCCAUCUGCAGCCAGAACCAGCCCCCAUAUGAGACCAUCCCCCAGCAUAUCAACAGCACGGUGCACGACUUGCGGCUGAAUGAGAAUAAGCUCAAAGUGGUGCUGUACUCCUCCCUCAACCGCUUUGGCAACCUGACUGAUUUGAACCUGACCAAGAAUGAGAUCUCCUAUAUUGAGGACGGGGCUUUCAUGGGCCAGUCAAACCUCCAGGUCUUACAGCUGGGCUACAACAAGCUCACCAACCUGACGGAGGGCAUGCUGCGGGGCAUGGCCCGUCUCCAGUUCCUCUUUGUGCAGCACAACCUAAUCGAGCUGGUCACCCCAACUGCCUUCUCGGAGUGCCCCAGCUUGAUUAGCAUUGACCUGUCAUCUAACCGUCUCAGCCGCCUGGAGGGGAACACUUUCACCAGCUUGAGCAAUCUGAUGGUGUGUGAGCUGGCUGGGAACCCCUUCAACUGCGACUGCAGCCUCUACAGCUUUCUUAACUGGCUGGCGCUCUUCAACAAUGUCACCAAGAACUACGACCGGCUGCAGUGUGAGACUCCCCGGGAGUUCGCUGGCUACCCGCUCCUGGUACCUCGGCCUCACCACAACCGCAAUGCCAUCACCAUCUUCCAGUCCAUGUGCAGAGGUGGCACCAUCCCCUCCCUCUCCAGGGUCAACCCCACCCCUUAUACACCUGACUCCCAGAGAGAUCUCGAUGAAGGCUCAGCCAUCAGCCCUGGUGACUUCCUCUCAGUCAAGCCUCCAGCCUCCUCCACUACCGACUCCUCCUUCAGUCCCAGCAUCAAGCUCCACGACGUCACCAUCACCUCAGCCAUUCUGAUGGUAACCAUCCCGAUGCCCUACAGUAAGAUGUAUGUGCUGGUCCAAUACAACAACAGCUAUGUUUCUGACAUAGCCACACUGAAAAGCAAGAAAGAAUAUGUCACUGUCAACAAGCUGAAGGCCCACACUGAUUAUACCUUCUGCGUGGCCUCCAUCCGCAACAACAGGCGCUACAACCACACUUGCCUGACCUUUGCAACCCGGAGCAAAGGCAGGGAGGACCCUAUUUCCAGUACUUCCACAACUACCCACUAUAUCAUGACCACCCUGGGCUGCCUCUUUGGGAUGGUCAUUGUCCUGGGGGUGGUGUACUACUGCCUGCGGAAGCGGAGGAUGCAGGAGGAGAAACAAAAGUCCCUCAAUGUCAAAAAGACCAUUCUGGAGAUGCGUUAUGGGUCAGACAUUGAUACCAGUACCAUGGUCCAUCCUUCCCAGAAGCUGGGUGAGCCACCAGUCAUCCCUGUCUCAAGGAUGUCCUCCAUCCCUUCCAUGAUUGGGGAGAAGUUGCCCCCAUCAAAGUCAAUAGAGGCUGGGAUGGAGACUCCUAAAGUCACCACUAAAGGUAACUACAUUGAGGUACGGACUGGUGGUGGGGAUGGGCUGGAGCGAACCCAGCGGGAUGAGGAUCUGAGAGAGCUUGACAAUGGGCAAGGCUCAGCUGCUGAGAUCUCUACUAUAGCCAAGGAGGUAGACAAGGUCAACCAGAUCAUCAACAACUGCAUUGAUGCCCUCAAGCUGGACACAGCCUCUUUCCUGGGUGGUGGGACUGGUGUUGACUCAGAAAUGGCCUUUGAGUGCCAGUCCAUCCCAGCCAGUUCCUCGGGUGGGCUAGAGCGGCCCAGCUUUCUUUCCCCAGCCUACAAGGAAAGCUCCCACCACCCUUUGCAGCGUCAGCUCAGCGCUGAUGCUGCCGUGGCCAGAAAGACCUGCAGCGUGUCCUCUAGUGGCUCCAUCAAGAGCGCCAAGGUCUUCAGCUUGGAUGUGCCUGACCACCCACCACUCAGCAAGUCUGACUCCAAAUACAUUGAGAAGGGCAGCCCACUCAACAGCCCUUUGGAUCGUCUUCCCUUGGUGUCCCCGGGCGCCAUCCACCACUUGGAGGUGAAGCCUUCUUACCAUUGCAGUGAGCACCGUCACUCCUUCCCGGCCCUGUACUAUGAGGAAAGUGCAGACACCCUGAGCCAGAGGGUGUCAUUCCUCAAGCCACUCUCCAGGUCCAAGCGAGACUCCACGUAUUCCCAGCUCUCCCCCAGACACUACUUCUCAGGCUACUCUUCCAGCCCUGAGUACUCAUCAGAGAGCACCCACAAGAUCUGGGAGCGGUUCCGGCCUUACAAGAAGCACCACAGGGAGGAGGUUUACAUGGCGGCUGGGCAUGCCCUGCGCAAGAAAGUGCAGUUUGCCAAGGACGAGGAUCUGCAUGACAUCCUGGAUUACUGGAAAGGAGUCUCUGCUCAGCAGAAGCUGUGACUCUCCCUUGCUCUUUCCAAGGAAAAACAAAACAAACAAAACAAAAACAAACCAAGAUCCCCCUCCCCAACAACCAGAACAAAGACACAACCCAUGCCACUUGACUGUGAAAAAUAAACACCAACAAAAUCCUCCCAACAAAGACAAAACUGACAGAAUCGUUUCUUAAAGUUUACAACAACAACAGAACAACAACAACAAACUCUCUCACACACAGACACACAGACACACACACACGCCAAAUUGUUUCUACUGUGUUAUGGGGACCAUUGUUCUGCCUGCAGAUGGUUGGGAGGAGUGUCCUGCUCUGACACUGUGGUAACAACACUGGAGCAGGGCUGGGUGGGAAUGGCCUGGGAGGGGGUGGCAGCAGUGGCAGGGGGAGGGAGGGCAGGGAUAGACGCUCACUGGACAUGAAACAGUUGUGAACUCUUGCUCUUUCUGUUCCCGUUCAGGGCUGGUUCUUCUUUUGGAUGGGAGGGGGAGGACUUUGGUUUAGAAAGCUUGUCUGCCCACCUGAUACGCCUGGUUUUCCAACUAUUCCAUCACUCAUUUUACCCUCAUUUCUUUUGGCAGUGGAGGCCUGUCCCCUUCCAAGAUAGGUGGGAUUUAUUGGAAGAAACUAUCUGCUUCUUUGCCUUUGCCCUUCCCCACCCUUCUCUGUCAAAUCUCCCUAGGCUUGCACUUUCUGUCUAGAUCUUUCAUGAACCUCCAUUCUCCCUAGAGGAAGGAGAAGACGUGUGAAGGAACAAGAGAGGUAGGACCUGUGUGCAACAGCUCUGUGCCCUUGCUGAUCUUCCUGGCUCCCUUCUCCUGCCAUGUUGUUGAUGCUGAAUACCAGCAAUCCUGGAGUGACAGGGUCUGCUCAGAGCUAGUUGGUGGGAUGGUAUGAAUGUGCCCUUUGUCAUGGCAAGACAAGACCUCAAGGAGUGGUGGAGGAAAAGACAGGAAGGUCUAGUCUCUUAGAGGUGUAAAGGGUUCCCAACUCUCCACCAAUCUCACAGGUCAGAGGUCCUCCCCACCAUACACACUUAUACUCAGGCUGCCUUUGUACACUAAGUUUGCUACUCUGCUCAUAUUUCCUUUGCUGUAAGGAAGGGACCUUGAGAGGAGCUCAGAACAAGUUCUACAUGAACCUUUUGCAGCUCUUCCCAACUGUCUUGCACCAUGGAGUAUGGGGUGGGUAUGCACAAGAAGAGCAUCAUCCAGUGUCAAGGGUAGGAUUUGAGUUGCUCACAUCACUGGGUUGAUAUAAAAGCCACAAAGUAGAUUCUGCUCAAAUAGUCUGUGGACAUUCUGGCCUAGGUUGAAGGCAGAAGCACAGGAAAUGAAAGGGAUGCCAGACUGGGGCCUGGGAGUAGCCCAAGAGGGAUGGCUCCAGAAGAAGCUCCCUUUGUGUGCAGCUACACUGUGCAUGCUGGGGUAGAAAAGGAUACCAGCCUCUGGAUGAAAGUAUUCCUUUGAAUACUUAGAGACCCUCAUGAGAGUCAGAGCAACCUAUCACCUCCUAAAUCCUCCAUCUUCUGACAGUUAACUGUGACAAAUAUUUCUUAGGGAUACUUUGCUAACUUACUAAAAAGCCAGUUUCACUUGCUAGGUCCCAACCUCUAUCCCUUGGAUAAAAGAUCUGCCACAAAGCUGGGAAGGAGCCCACUGCUCUCUCCAUUUUGCCCCAUUUCUGAGCAGUCCAACAAAGCACAGCCUUGGUGCCAUCUCCCCCAAAGCUUUCUUGUGAGGCUGGGAUGCUGCCUAGUGAGUGCAUCUUUAUGUAGCACAGUGGACCUCCUUUCCAGGAGCUGCACACCCUAAUUCUUGAUAACUGCUCCUCUCAGUCUGGAUCAUGGUGAGGACCUGUGUUAUUUUGGCCUUUCCUAAGCAGCUAUUUUCUUUCUGAGUUGCUCCUUAGAAGCCCCAGUGUUUUGGGUGGCCCUGGGAGAAUGGUGUAUGUGUAGUAGCUUCUCUGAGAGGGAUUUACGUGCUGCCUGCAGAGAAUCUGCCUGUUAUCUGUCAGGUAAUAGCACUGCCAGCUGUGAGAGCUGGUUUCUGUGCUGCAGGUGACAUGACUUCCUCUGUAAGUUAGGAGCAGAAGUAGGCAGAACUUGGUGUGCAAAAACCAGAGUGGGAAUCCCCAACAUCUGAACCUACAAAGAUCUGUGGGGUUCCUUCCUUGUAGGGAUGCUGGUAUAAUCCUAGACCAGGUCCUGAUCUCAUUGCCUCAGCCUCCCUCACUGUCAGCCUGCUUUCCUACAGUCAAAGCAUCAUUUUGCCUUGAGUCCACAGGUAUUCUUGGGGCUGAUUCCACACUGUAAGAACCAGUCCAAGCCAGAGGAAGGGCUGCAUGUACACAGACGUGUGUAUAUGUGCAGGAGGAUGCAGGGAAGUCACAUUAGUGCUGCUAGGCAUUCCUCCAUGCUGGGACAACACAGCAAAGCAAGAAUGGUAAAUGUUGUGGGAGAUGCUUAGGCACAGCAGAUACCUCUCCAGCUACCAGGUGGAGAACUCCCAGUGAUCUUCCAACAUGGCAACCAUCCAAGCAAGAAAGACCAACGGCUGGGGCACAGAACUGGACAGGAAAAAAGGGAUGACAGGCAUGGGGAGAUGGAGUCCUGUUCCUCUUCCCAUGUCUUCCCUACCUGUGCUUCUCUGCUGUAGGGUCUUGUAAUCAGUCCCAUCCAGUCUAUACUUUUGAGGAGAGCAUUAACUUCUACAGGUUUCUGCCCUCUCUCCCCAUCACCCCAAUGAGGCAGAAAGAAAGGUCAGGGAUAAAGACAUCAUCAGGCCCUUCUUUUGCCUGUGGUGGGGGUAAGGCUGGGUAGGAGGGAGCAGUCAUUUCUCUCCCAGCUGUAGCCCCCCACUCCACACCAAGGGGUGAAGUUUGCACAAGAUGGACUGUUUUGUGGGAGGAAGAGGGCAAGGAAGGGGAACAAAGAAUCCCCCCUUCCUUCCUGCUCCCUUCUUCCUUGUCCUGCUCCCUCCUCAGGGAUGAGGGCUCACAAGGUGACCCUAGCCCUGUUGGAGGAAAGCAGAUUUACCGUUCUAUUUGCAUGACAAUUUUACUGUAUUUUUUCUGAGCAAACACCUGUUGUGUAUGUGCCAGUUUGUUGGAAUUUAACCACCUCCCCCAAGGUCUCUCCUGUCCUUGUCCCUGUUUUCCCUGCUCCUUUCAUUCAUCCCUGAUGUGAUUUUAUGAGAGACUCCUACCAGUUUGGCAGGGAACACACCCUAAAGAGAACCCAACACAAUCAGCCCCAUAAAAACCAUUCCUUCUUCUUUCCAGUCUCCUCCUCCUCUUGCCCUAAGCGUGGUCUCUCAGAUGCUUUUCAGGGUCGUGUGUGUGAAGGGGGAUGUGUUAUAUACCAAAGGCCUGCUCUUUCUAGUGGUCAUAAUUUCUCUUAAUUGUUUAGAAACAAAAGUGAGGUCCAUCAAGAUAGAUCUCAUAAGAGAAAUGGUUACUGCCAUCCCCAUACCCUUGUUUCUUUUCCCCCAAAUCUACAAGCAAGGCUCUUCUUGGGGGUACGAGAAGUGCUUCAUCUACAAGGAAGUCUCUGAUACAGCAAAACCUUGGUGUGGAGCUGGUUGCAAUCCCUUAGAAGACCUCCCACCACCCCCCCUCCCACUGAUUGCAGGGAGCUCUGGAUUAGGUCUGUCCUACCCCUCCUUUCCCGUGGGUGGUCCUGGCAGAGGGCUGGACAUGAUGAAACCUGAUGGGAAAAGGGCAGAGAGACUGCCUGAAGUUCCUAAGUCCUCUGUGGCUGUUUUGGCCAGAGUCCCUCACCCCUGCCUUCUCCCAGGGCAAAGUGGAUCCAUAGGUCAGAGCCAGGACCAGCCCUUUUGACAUUUUCUUUCUAGGUUGGUGACUCUUGGCACAGAAAGCAAGGGUUUAGUUGACCUCACUGGAGAACAUGGAGGAGGAGGAAUGAGGUUGGGUGCUGACCUGCCAUCUCAUCCCAGGAACAGGCUUAGGGGAGGCAGCCUGGGCUGAAUUCCUAUACCCAGAAGAGCAAAGGUGAGAGCCUCGUUUUUACCUUGGGGUAAAGCUCUUCCCCACCCCUACUGGUGCUGCCCCAGCUUAUGCUGCAGUACCAUGUUCCCCUCUCCCCCUCCUCAGUCUUCCAUACUGAAUAAAUCCCUCCUGAGGCAGGUGUGAAAUAUUCAUGACUGACAAAUGAAGAUUUAUGUCGGGCUGAGGAGGCCUCUGUGUGUUUGCAAUGCUAAUCAGCCAGCCUUCCUUGAGGAGGCUCUGCCAGGCAGGCUUGGGGGGAAGGAGAGGGAGGUGCAGGAGAGGGAGAUGCAGAAGGGGGGAAAAUGAAGUGAGGAAGAGAGGAAGGGCAAACACAGCAGAGGUGAGGAAGGUUAAGUGGGACCAAGGAAUGGGCAGGCAAGGAGCGAACAGACAGAGGGAUAUGGAGAGAGUGGAGAAGAGGGACAGGUUGGAAAGACCAGGGGAAGAAGAGAUGACCACAUGGGAAAGAAUGGGAUGCUAACAGGGAAAAGGGACCAGUAAGAGAAAGAGUUGAGUGGAGGAGUGGAGGCUCUCUGAGAGGAGGUGGGGAGCAAGUCAACAGUGCCUGAAGAAAAAGGCUGGGCAAAAUUCAUGAUGAGCUGUGGCCCCUGCCCGUAAGACAGAGCUCAGCUCUACAGGGUGGGCAGUUGCCACAUGGGUGGGAGCCGGACCAAGGGCCCCAAAAGCACAUUCACCAUGCUUGCUGCUGACCGGAAAGCUCAGCUGCAUUUGGAAGGACACACAGCCUUGGGGAGCCUGGACAACGCCCCUUCCACUGCCACCACCUCCUUCAGCACAAGCCGCAGGCAAGAAGAAUCUAACGGAGCUGUGCCCUCUUGCUGGAGCCAGCCUGCCGCUGGCCCAGCGGCUGAGCAGGAGGAAGCAUCUUCGGGGUGGCUUGACGCGGGAUGAGCGCUGAGCACCACCCUCCACUGAGCGAUGGGGGUCUCUUGGAGCGUCGACAGAGCCUGCCCCACCUCAGCUGCCCCCUGCCCCCCUGGCUGAAGCAGGUGGUUUUGGGUCUUUCCCCAGAGAAGGGACAGAAGGAGUGUCUGUUGCCUCCCUCUACACACGCACGCACUCUUGCAUCCCGUCCCUCCAGCCGCUUUGGCCUUCUACUGUGAGGGGCGUUCUUGGUCUGCCUCCCUCGGCUCCCUCUGCCGCGGGGAGAUGUCUCUAUACCUCUCUGCGCGCAGUCCCACCAGGGCAGCUCUCCGCGGGGCUGCCCCAACCUACCCCCUGUCCCCACGUGGAGAGAGGGCAGUCUCUGCCCAGCUUCUCCUUCUCCCACUGGAUGGGCACUUUGUCUUCUCCUCACCCCACUGGGAGGUAAAUAACCUUCUCCUCUUUACAGUCUCCCCUCCGUCUGCCCCAUCCUUGCGCGUUUGGCUUGGCCUUUGCCUCCCCCAUGACUACCACCGCCACUGUGAGGCCUUGCUCUUGGGUGGCCUGUCCCCACCGCCUGCCUUCCGCCUUCCCUGGGGGGAAGAGGUAGAGGCUGGCUGGCUCAGGCCAGACCCUCCAGGGCUGGUCCGGCUGGUCCAUCCACAAGCACAGCACCUGGGGCGAGGGGGUGGGAAGGGGCGGGCAGCUGCUGGGCACAGAGCCAGGGGCAUCAGCCCUUGAAUGUAAGGAAGGGCCUGGGAGGCAGCUGCUGGGACUGGCUCCUUGUGGCCUCUUUGGUGUUCCUCCUUCUGUAACAACCAACCCUGUGACCCCCCCCGGUUGUGUAUGGACAGAUUUGAGUUGGAGUUAUGUUCUUUUCUUCUUCUUGGUUUUUUCUUGUUUUACUUCCCUCCUCUUCUUCUCUUCUUUUAAAUUUUCCUUCUCUCUCUUCCUUUUUCUUUCCUUUUCUCUUUCUUUCUUUCUUUCUUUCCUUUUCUUUUCCUGUUUUAAAACUGAAUGGCACGAAAUCGUUUUUCCUCAACUCGGAGAUUCCUGUAUGGAGAAAAUCAAUUUCUAUAUUUGCAAUAAAUUUCUUAUUUAAAAAAAAAAAAUCCAAAAAACA